AGAGCGCGUGUGUGAUGUGUGUGUGUAUCCUCAGUGUUUUUCUCUCUUGCGUGUUUCAUUGAGUGUAAACAGAGUCUUGUCUCUGUGUAUUUAAGUGUUGAGACGAUGCAGGACACUACAGUGUGUGACAGUAAACAGAGCUUACAGGAGGAUCUGGAUUCUGUCUGUAACGCUGGAGAACAGCAGCAGAUCCUGCAGACCAAACUGAAGAUGUGUUCAGUUAAACUCAUCGACUGCACGAACCUCAUGAUGAAGAUUAAAACUGAACCCACAGAAAUCAAAACUGAACCAACAGAAAUCAAAACUGAACCCACAGAAAUCAAAACUGAACCCAAAGAGGAAGAUCGCACUAAUGAAGAUGAUGAUUUUAUUCCAUCAGGUGUGAAGAGUGAUUCAUGUUUGGAUAUAGAAAUAACAUCCUCAACAUCAAAAGAGCGACUGACAGCACAAACUCUUUCCUGCAUCACCUGUGGAAAGACAUUCAGCUCACAGAGACAUUUAGAGAGACAUGAGAGAAAACACACAGAACAGAAACUCUUCACCAGAUCUGAGAUCAGCUUUACUACCUUACAAGAGAAGAAACUUCAUUCAGAAGACCACAGAGAGAAGAAGAAGAAGAAGCAGUUUCACUGUGAGCAGUGUGGGAGGAUUUGUGUCUCUUCCUCUGAUCUAAAUGUUCACAUGAGGACACACAGUGAUGAAAAGCCUUUCAAUUGCACUGAAUGUGGAAAAUACUUCAGAACCAAACACAAUCUUAAAGUUCAUAAGAAAAUUCACAUUGAAGAGAAACCUUUUCAUUGUAGUGUCUGUGGGAAGAGUUUUAGGCACUGGGAUAACUUAUAUAAGCAUAAGAGAAUUCAUACAGGUGAAAAACCUUUCAAAUGCUCUCAGUGUGACAAGACGUUUGCUUGUUCAAGUAACUUAAUAGUUCAUCAGAGACUUCACACUGGAGAGAAACCUUAUCUCUGUAGUCUCUGUGGGAAGAGUUUUAGUCAUCACACUUCAUUACUAAAUCACCAGAGAAUUCAUACAGGAGAAAAACCUUUCAAAUGCUCUCAGUGUGACAAGACAUUUGCUCAGUCAGGUUCCUUAAAAUCUCAUCAAAGAGUUCAUACUGGUGAGAAACCUCAUCACUGUAGUGUCUGUGGGGACAGUUUUAGUGUAAAGGCUACCUUACUAAAUCACAAUAGAAUUCAUACAGGUGAAAAACCUUUCAAAUGCUCUCAGUGUGACAAGACGUUUGCUUGUUCAAGUAGCUUAAUAGUUCAUCAGAGACUUCAUACAGGUGAAAAACCUUUCAUAUGCUCUCAGUGUGACAGGAUGUUUACUUGUUCAUGUAACUUAAAAGCCCAUCAGAGAAUUCAUACAGGAGAGAAACCUUAACACUGUAAUGUCUGUGGGAAGAGUUAAUCAACAGUCAAACUUUGUAAAGCACCAGUGACCUUAAUAAGGUUAUGACACCAAAAACUUGUAUAAAGUUUUAAAUAUUGUUUAAAGUUAAUAGUAAAAUAAGAACAAAAUCUAAUUAUGAGCAAUAUCGCAGAUAAAUAGAACAGAACAAACAUACAAAUGAAAUAAAACAGUGCUGCUCAUGUUUUUAGAUUAACAGUACUGUAUUAUGGAGGACGAAAAAUGACUUAAGGCUGGUUCAGACGGUACGAAUUUAAAAUCGUCGGCCGAUUUUCCAACCCUGAGAGACCCCACACACGCCGAUAAAACAUCGCGGGUCUAACAGUUUUGGUCGUACAGUUAGUGGUGCGCCACCACAUGGCAAAAUCAACACAUCACACACGAACCGAUUUGACUCCCGAGCAGUCCCAGGUCAGACGGGAAAUCUCGCAAAAUCUCUCGAGAUCAAACGUGAUUUCAGAGUAAACAAUCAUGGUGGACGAAGAGGAUGCAGUGGCGAUAGUUUGCAGUUUGUUUUUAACCGACAAAAAACGUUCUCAAAAGAAAAGGCGAUGGUCAAAGAAGCGGAGACAAGACAACGGGAGCAUGGACUAUACUUGCUACAUCAUGAUAUGGAUGUGAGUUUACAUGACACCGGUACAUCCUCGCUUCCUCGUCACCUCGCUUUCUGAUUGGCUACACGUCACAGUCCACAGGCUGCAUGCUCGUUUGUCCCCGGGAGACACCACACACGAGAAGAAAUCGGGCAAAAAAAAUCCAACAUGUUGGAUAUCCCCGAUUUGAGAUCGGAGCGGUCCCGAGGUGCUUCCGAGUAGACGAGAGCAGUCUAAACACACCACACACGGCAAGAAAAUCUGAUCAGUUUAUUUUACGAUUAUCGGAGCAUCCUUAAGAUUGUCGGAAGGGGUGAAUCGGGGCUAAAAUCGGCCUAAUUAUCCUGCCGUGUGAACCAGCCAUUAAAGGUCCCAUAUUUGAAAGCUUUCUAGUUUUAUUUUAGGUUAUGAUGUCCUUAAAGGGAUAGUUCACACAAAAAUGAAAUUUCUAUUAUUUUUUACUCACUUUCAUGUUGUUACAAACCUGUAUAGAUUUCUUUGUUCUGAUGAGGGAAGAUAUUUUGAGGAAAGUUUGAAGAAAAGACAUUUGUAUUUGUAUUACUACAUUGUAGUAUUAUUUUUUCUUACUAUGAAAGUGUUGUUUUUUAAUGUUUUUUUAUGAGUGAAAUACACAUUUGAAGUAAAGUUACCCAUGGAAGUAAUCUAAGUGUUAUUUUCUGUACACUAAAUGGCAUACCUGCAAACUAGUCGCUUUUCGGCGAAAACAGCCAUUUUGAAUUGAAAAAGGUCAUCCACGUGAAUCAUGUAAAUCCAAAGAGUUAUUGUUUUUUUGGGGGGGGUCUCAACUUCCCAUAAACGGGAGUUUCAAAAACCUACUGCGGUCUGCUUCACAAAAACAAUAAAAGCUCUUUGGUCAUCACAGCGUGGUUAAGGUUAGGAUAACCGAUUGGUCAAUGGAUGGGACCUGAACAAAUGGGGCUACGUGAAGGGCGGGUCUUCGCGUUGCCAGCAGCUUCUCUAAAAAGGCCUUGGCUGCAUCAGCUUUCCUGCGGAUGAAUUAAACUUUUCACGCUACUGCUACCCACCAGAGGCCGUUUAAGGGGUUGCGGGCGCGCAUACAAUGUGUCACCUUUUUCAGCCCUUCUGAGUUUGCAGGUAUGAAAUGGGCCAGUGUAUGUAACUUAAGAAAAAACGUUUGAUUUCCACCAGAUAUUUUAUCAAAACUUGUGGCUACCAAAGACUUUAGAAUUACAAAGCAUCACAUAACCGUCUACAAUAUAUAAUUUUAGUUUUCUCUGGCUUCAUGAUGUAACUUAAAAUUAGAGCUGCAUGAUAAAUCACAUGCGAUUGUCUUGCGCAUCUCGUGAGUAAAGCGGCAGCUGGUUCAGAAAGCAGGUGAUGCCGUUUUACUAUUAAUCUAUGGCAGGUAUUCCAUAUGGUGGAUAAAAUGUGCAAAUAAACGUCCAAUCGAGGAAUGGCUAAUCGAACGUCUGACCAAACAUUUUUAAAUUUUAGUGCCUAGCAGCAUGUGCUAGGGUUCUUUAAGUUGUUGCUAGGGUAUUAUAGGUGGUUUCUAUGCUUUUUCUCUUGCAUUCUGUGUGGUGGCUAGGGUUCUUUAAGUGGUUGCUAGGCUGUUUCUGUUGCAUUCUGUUUGGUUGCUAGGCUGUUGCUAGGCUUCUUUAAGUGGUUGCUAGGCUGUUUCUCUUGCAUUCUGUGUGGUUGGUAGGCUUUUACUGGGGUUUUAUGCAUGGUUGCUAGGCUGGUUCUGUCGCAUUCUGGUUGGUUGCUAUGCUAUUGCUAGGUCUUUUUAAGUGGUUGCUAGGGUGUAGCUAUGGUUUUUUAUGUGAUUGCUAGACUGUUGCUAGGCUAUAGUGUAUUAUGGGUGGUUGUUGCUAGCCUGUUUCUGUUGCAUUUUGUGUCUGUUUAAGUUGUUGCUGGGGUAUAAUGGGUGGUUGCUAGGCUGUUUCUAUUGAAUUCUGUGUCUGUUUUAAGUCGUUGCUAGCCCCACAAUAACGAGCCGUCUGGCAACAAGUCAGUUAUUGAAGUAACCAGCCGCAACCAAAAUAGCAUCUAAAUAAACAACAUUACUAACAACGUUGUGCACUUCAUCAACAGCCGCACCAAUGAGACGCUCCCGUUAAACAUCUGUUUGAAGCAUAUCUCUCCACUUUUUAACACAUACAAGCAAUUCAGGAGAACCGAACUUUUUGACUCCACUAACUGCCUCAAGCAAAACUCUUGGACGUCUUUUAGAGAGUCUAUGCUGCGAACUUUGCAUAUUUUUGAGAAUCCAAUGUUUAGCUGAUCGUGAUAACCGGUCAUUAUUAUCCACGUGAACAUGAUUGAUUUUCUUCCUCAAUGGAACGUCAGACCUUUGUUUUCCAGGGACCGAAACUAAUCGUGAUACUCGUCUCCCGGACAUCCAGUUUAUUACAACCAAUCAAAGAUGACUUGGACAUUCUCACAGGGUUUCCAGAAAAGUGUACGAAAAACAUCACAGGGGCCGGUUGCACCAGCUGUGCGUAAGUUACAACGUAGCCUAGUUACGACGUAAAUGGGCACUAAGUUACAACUUACGCACUACUAAAUGUUUUUGUGUUGCACCAUUAAACUUAGUUUAAACAUAUCAAUACGUUGUAACUAAAUAUUUACGGAAGCCCCUGUCCAUGAAUAACGAUUGGAAUAGGAUGUCUGCCAGAUUACAUCGAUGAGCUCGUAAUUAAUUAUGAAGAGCUGCAGGUUCGUCAACGAGUUUUCAAGAGCUGUUUAAUUUUCUGUGUAUCUAUCAAUUAAAAUAAGAUUUAAAAUUUCUUCCUGUUUAUUUUCUCCUCCAUGUGUGAGAUAGAUAUUUUCAAUUAAAAGUGUAAUGUUUUGAGUUCGAUAACGUUGCUUUAACGUCUUUUUUAACUUUCAGUUUAGGCGAGUCAAGAAUGAGUUUGAAAUUACGUACUGUUCAGACUAUUUCCUGUUUACCCAUUAUAAGGCUUGUCAUUGGGUUAAGAAAAAUAGACGUCAUUCUAUGCGACAACGCAUUACUUUACGGAGAGCUUACGACCUACUAGCUACGUUCUGCCUUAAGAACAAAUGGUGCAACCGAAUAAAGUAAAGAGUUAGUUAUAAACUAGCUAGUAGUUACUAAGCCUCUAGUUUGGACUUUACGUCCCAGUUUAAGAACUUACGAAUGACUGGUGCAACCCUACCCAGACGUUUAGCCAACACUCUGUGGGCGUGACGUCUGAGGCUGAGACUACCAAGCCAGUGGCAGAGCAUUAUGCGUUCCAGGCAGGUUUUUGAACACGUGAAUUACGACUUCAAAACCACGACUUACGACUCUAAACUGGGAGUAUGCGUUCCAGGCAGCCUGUAACCCGUGUUUUUACAACCUUCUACCUGUGAAAGUGCACUGGAACGGCAGUCAAACCCGUGACUUCCCACCCGUAAACUCGUACUAGAUCGAUGUACUCCCAGUUCAGAGUCGUGGUUUUGAAGUCGUGAUUUACGGGUUACAGGUUGCCUGGAACGCAGCAUUACACCCGGCAUGAAAUGUACUGUUUUGACGGUGAGUCUGUCGUUCGUCAUGUGAAAUGAUUGUAGAUUUAGUUCAUACUAGUGCUGUGACGGAUCGCAGUUGAGCCGAUCACGACCCGCGGUUUGGCUCGCAUGCUAUUUGCGGAUUAUUAUGCAAAUUUAAAUAGGGAAAGUUUAUCAUUUGCACAUGUUUCUAAGGCUUGCAAAUGUUAACAUUCAAGUGAUUUUAAACAAUUUAACCGCAAAAAGGCGCUAAAGUGAGCAGAUUUUUGUACGCACAUGCGGUUAAAUGUGUCCAGUCCAGCUCCAGUCAGACGUAACUUAAUCAUCCCUUCAAAGAUCAGAACUCCUCAUGUGUAAACUACAGAGAGAGUCGCGCUGUGUCUCAUACUGUAGUCCAUUAAUACAUUUGCUGAGUAGAGCAAUGAAAAACAACGUAACGUUUUUAUGUGAAGUGACUGUUUUAUGCUGCAUCUUCAUCCUGAAGCACCAUUUGGAAUUCGCCCUCCGCCUGCGUGUGUGCACGCGUUUAAGUGCCCUCAGUAGUGCACAUACGGAGAGAGACGUUAAAAAAUAAGCCAACAUAAAAUCUUUCUGUUCUUGACAGGGCAUAUACACAAAAAAUUAUCUCACAGUAUUAUUUUUCUAACAAAAACAUUUGUUUAUGUUUUAAGUGAAUUAUAGAAUCAGUCUGUGCUUAUUUGUUCUUAAACAGACAGUAACCUCAAUUAACCUACUUAAGUCGGCUCUAAAAUAAUAAUAAUAAUAUUUAAUUUCGUACAAUAAAGACAGUGUUAUUAUUCAUUUAAUUCGAUUUCUGUACCUAAUGCUAAUUUUAGACCAUUAAUGUGCAACUUUGUUUUUUUAUAAAUGUUUGUAAUUUAUUUAUUUGUUAUUAGAUUUUUCCCACCUUUUUUUUUGCUGAUCCGAAAAAUGAUCAGGUUGUAAAUGUGUCUGUGAAAGCAAAUAUAGUGUAGUUACAGUAACUACAGUAGGUGCGUCAGAAAUGAUUAAUGAUUUUUCACCCAAAAAUGAAAAUUCUGUCAUCAUUUACUCACUAUUGUGUUGAUACAAACCUGUAUAAAUUUCUUUAUGAUGAGCACAAAGGAAGAUAUUUUGAGAAAUGUUUGUAACAA